AUGUCCUUCUUGUCACAAUUCACAAGAUCUGCUUUCCAGCAAUUCACAAGACAACAACAACCUACAUUGGCAGCCGUCAACCCUUCCGUGCUCACCCUUGUUCGUACAAUGAAAGUACGUUCAUCUGUCAAAAAAAUGUGCGAUGGUUGUUCUACUGUGAGAAGACGUGGAAAACUUUUUGUCACCUGUAACAAGAACAAGAAGCAUAAGCAACGUCAAGGAUAA